UAUUUGUAAUUUCUCAGUGGGCAUGCGCACUGCUAGUUUUCCGCCUAGCUGGUUCUGUCAGACAGUAGCCUACUUCCUUAUUGGAAGUGAGACAGUAAGCAACUUUUUCAGAAAAUAUACGGCGUAGCGACUCUUUAAAGUCUGAAAAUGUCCAAACCGCCUCCCAAGCCAGCCAAACCAGGCCAGGUCAAGGUGUUCCGAGCCAUGUUCACCUUUGACCCCCGAACGCCAGAUGAGCUCUACUUUGAAGAGGGAGACAUCUUGUAUAUCUCUGAUACGAGUGACAGCAAUUGGUGGAAGGGAACCUGCAGGGGAAGAACUGGCCUCAUUCCAAGCAAUUAUGUGGCCGAGCAGGCAGAGUCCAUUGACAACCCAAUGCACGAGGCAGCUAAACGAGGGAAUCUGAGUUGGCUAUGUGAGUGUCUGGAGAACAAAGUGGGAAUUAAUGGACUGGACAAAGCUGGGAAUACUGCCCUCUACUGGGGAUGCCACGGAGGACACAAAGAUGUGGUGGAGAUGUUGUUGGGGCAGUCUAGCGUUGAGUUGAACCAGCAGAAUAAACUGGGAGACACUGCUCUGCAUGCUGCCGCCUGGAAGGGAUACUCAGACAUAGUGGAGAUGUUACUGAAUAAGAAUGCCAGGACGGAUAUUAAAAACAAUGAGAAGAAGCUGGCUCUGGAGAUGGCCACAAAUGCCCAGUGUGCCUCUCUCAUCAAGAGGAAACAAGGAGGCAAUAUCACACGUACACACAGCAACGCCGAUGAAUACCUUGACGACGAAGACUCUGACUGAUUCCCCCCCCUUUCGGAGUGGGCUAUCUCAGGCCUGUCUCUCAUGGGAUGGGGGGAGUUUGCAGUGUGUGGGACAUUAUUAGCUGGGUGGGGAGGGAGAAGGGGUUCGGAUACAUUCCAAUUUUUUAAAAAUAUUUUCUGAAUAUUUGUUCAACAUUCUGAAAAAUAAUUGUAAUAAAUGUAAUACAAGACAUAUAAUUAACAAUGUGAAUGGAACAUGGAAUGUAUAGAACCUUAGGGCCGUGGAGAGGUCUUUAUUAUUAGAUUCUGGUAGAUGAUUGGCUGUUCUAAGGGAACCAAUAGCAUGGGUUCCACUGUCGUGCUAUCGGCGGGUGAGUCGGUGAUUGCUGACACCACAGAGAUUGACAUGCGAUUAUUUCCUACAAGUAUCUCCUGGACCAAUCAUCUCUCCCAUUGAAGGUGGUCUGAACCUGCGUUGUAGGAAGUGACCAUGUUGAGUCAGUUUUAUUUUUCUCUGGCACUAGUAAGCACUGGCUGGCAUAGAGAUGGCAUGAUACUGGAAAUCAUACUUCAUCCUGCCUUAACUUAACCUCAUUCUAAAAGCAACUUCAUAGUCAUUGUAAUGCAUACAUAUGUCUGUCAAAGCAUUUUCUGCAUUGUCAAAUGUGAACUUUCAAAUAACCACGGGCUGGGUUUUACUGUCGCCAAUCAUGUCAUCUCUCAUGGAAUACUGUAAUAUUAGGUGUGCUGUGCAAAACAUUUUCUUCCCCAAUAUUAAUGUCUUCACUUCACUGGUGAUUAGUAAAUUGCCACUGCAUUUUCCUUCUAUCCGUACUGUAGAAAGAAAAUGACAGUGCAUUUUCUUCAUGUACUGUAUGUUGUUCACACUGACCACUGCUCCACUGUUAAAAGAUAUGUCACUAAAAGUGCCUUAUGUGAAGCUGUAAAGAUAUAAUUUGUCUACAGGUGUGUAUGUGAAUAAGUCACCUGAUCUGAUGUCUUUCAUAAAGAUGUGUUCAUUGUUGUUCUUUUCUAUCUGCUUUGUCUUUCCUGUCAGCUAUGCAAUAAAAUAAUUUUAUCUAAUGAUUUGA